CUUUAACUUCAAUAAGCCAUGUGAGCUCACUUCCAGCUGCCACUCACCGCCAAGAUUUUUCUCCUCUUUUACUCUCAUUUUCUGUACCAUUUUAGCAGAUCUUGAACAGUCAUUGGCUAAAAAACCCUCAAGAAAAUCUGCAGCAGCUACAGAGGGGUCUAUGGAGUUCUUCAGAUCUACCAUAUUAUUAGUCUUCUUGCUGUCAUGCUUCAGCUUUUCAGCAACAGAUGCCUUCGAUGCACUUGAUCCCAAUGGGAACAUCACAAUUAAAUGGGAUGUCAUCAGCUGGUCACCUGAUGGAUAUGUUGCUGUUGUGACUAUGUUCAACUUCCAACAAUAUAGACAUAUUCAAGCACCUGGUUGGACGUUGGGAUGGACAUGGGCGAAGAAGGAGGUGAUAUGGGGCAUGGUGGGAGCUCAAACAACAGAGCAAGGAGAUUGUUCAAAAUUUAAAGGAAACAUUCCCCAUUGCUGCAAGAGGGAUCCAACCGUCAUCGAUUUACUACCCGGAACUCCUUACAAUCAGCAGAUUGCAAAUUGCUGCAAGGGAGGAGUGAUCAACUCAUGGGGACAAGAUCCUGAAACUGCCGUUAGCUCAUUCCAAGUCAGUGUUGGUUCAGCAGGAACAACGAAUAAAACAGUUAGAGUUCCUAAGAACUUCACCCUUAAGGCACCAGGGCCUGGUUAUACUUGUGGACCCGCUAAAGUUGUUAAACCCACUAAGUUCUUUACUAAUGAUGGGAGACGAGUAACACAAGCCAUGAUGACCUGGAAUAUCACAUGCACAUACUCACAGUUCCUAGCUCAAAAAACUCCUACAUGCUGUGUCUCCCUUUCAUCCUUCUACAAUGACACCAUUGUACCGUGCCCAACAUGCACUUGUGGCUGCCAGAAGAAUGGCACUCAGCAUGGAAAUUGUGUAGAUCAAGACGAACCACACUUAGCUUCAGUUGUUUCAGGCCUUGGAAAAAACAAUUAUGCUCCUUUGGUUCAGUGCACAAGUCAUAUGUGCCCUAUUAGAAUUCACUGGCAUGUGAAACUCAACUACAAGGAGUAUUGGAGGGUGAAGGUCACUAUAACUAACUUCAAUUACAAUAUGAAUUAUACGCAAUGGAACUUAGUUGUCCAGCAUCCCAACUUUGACAACCUCACUCAGUUAUUCAGCUUUCAUUACAAGUCAUUAACUCCUUAUGGAGCAAUAAAUGACACUGCUAUGCUCUGGGGUAUGAAAUUCUACAACGAUCUGCUCAUGCAAGCUGGUCCACUAGGAAAUGUCCAGUCUGAGCUGCUAUUCCGCAAGGAUAUGUCGACUUUCACUUUUGAGAAGGGGUGGGCUUUUCCACACAGAGUUUAUUUCAAUGGUGAUAAUUGUGUCAUGCCACAACCUGACUCAUAUCCAUAUAUGCCAAAUACUGGUACUGUAUGGAAGUUUUCUUCGUUAAAGCUAGUGGUGAUGUUGAUGCUCUCUACGGCAUUCUUCUUUGCAACUGUCUAGAAACCGGAUACACACCAAGUUCCUGUCUCAGUAAGUUAUCUUUGGGUUGAUUCGCUUGCACAGCCGAGGAAAACUGAUUGGAGAGUUAGAUGUCUGAGCAGAGUGAUGCUGACCAUUUUUAUGGAUUCGGGUAUAUGCUUGUUGAAGACGAAUUUUAAUUUCCUCUAUAUGCUGUUUGAAGGGCUAGUGAAAAUGGUGCCAUGAUUUUCAUUCAGCAGUUUGUAUCAAAUGUUUUUCUACUGUGGUAAAGUCAUUUUUGUUAUGUAGAUUUUCUUAAGUUCACAGUUAUAUCAGGGUUGUAUGAGAAUAAAGACUAUUCAGAAACAGAUAGAGUUAAUUAUAUGAUAUUCUUUAGUUCUCUUAUUUUUACACAGUAUCACCAUGUAACCACUUAUUCUAUUUUGUAAAAAAGGUUUCAUUUGUUCAA